UUGAUGGCUCGUGCAGUCAUCAAAUCAGUUGAUUUUUCAGACAGGUUGAUAGCGAGUGCGAGUUUAGUGUGAAAGUAUUAAUCUCAAUCAAUUUAAAUCUAAUGCGCUAGAUUAAAUAACGAAGUUUCGAUUAGAAUGUGUGCUAUGUGUUAAGGUUGAACUGCAGCUUGUGUUCAAUUUAGCAUAAAUCUAUCGAUUCGCUGUGCUUACGUGUUUUUAGGUACAAGAAAGAAAGUGAAACCAACACAAAAAUGUUCAAGCUGAUUACAUCACGAUGUACUCAGCAUACAUUUCGGAAGUUGCUUCUUAAAACCUGUUCGGCAGAGGCUACAGGGGAAAGCCGAAAUUUGGUGUUGUUCCAGCAGGCACGUUUGAUCCAAAAUUUUUCCCGAUUUAUAUCUACUUCUCAGCCGAAGCUGCAAAGUGAAGAGAUUGAAGUUACUUUCGUCCGCUCCAAUGGUGAGCGUAUAAAGGCGAAGGGAAAAAUUGGUGAUUCAUUGCUUGAUGUUGUCCUCAAUAACGAGCUGGAUUUGGACGGUUUCGGAGCUUGCGAAGGCACACUGACCUGCUCGACUUGUCAUCUGAUCUUUAAAAAGGCUGACUACGAUGCUCUACCGGAUAAACCGGGCGACGAAGAGCUCGACAUGCUGGAUCUGGCCUAUGACCUAACCGAUACUUCCCGUCUUGGAUGCCAGAUAGUGCUGACGAAGAAUUUAAAUGGUUUGGAAGUGCAAGUACCAGCAACCGUCAACGAUGCUAGAAGCUAGCCAAGCCUUCAGCUACGCUGAAUAGGUAAUACAUACUUUCUGUUCCACAUAUCGCUAGAAGCAAAUAUUUUCCUUGUAAUACCCUCUAGAGUUUAUAUCAUUUACUUGUUCAUUGUACAGAUGCAAUUAUACUCCUUUUUGAGACAAUGAGUUCAAACUCGAUUUAGUCGGAAGAGCGAUGUUACCUUUGUUAGUUAUUCAAAGAUUAACUAUACAAUUUGUCAUAAUUCGAAGAUUCAAGAUGCAUUCGGUGAAUCCACCUAUUGUUUUUCGAACAAAAAUAAAUUUUAAAUAAAUGAAUAAAUAAAAACCA